AUGCUACGGAAAGAGGUUGGGGAGAGGACUGAUGCCAGCCAGCUGCCUCACGGGGAGGGGGAGACACUUGGCCAUGCCACUAGCAUCCUGUUCGGCUUUCGGAUGAGUUUCAUCUAUGACACGUACAGAGUCCUCACUUGGAACAAGAGGAUUAAAAGAGGCCCUGGCGGUCGCUCCUCUUCUGAUUAACCACACCUUGGCAUACAGCGGAACAGAAGGCAAAGCUGCACAGAAAAGGACCAAAGUCAGGUGCCAGAAGCAGGUGACAUCCAGACUCCCAGUUCGUUGGAUGCAGCUAUUUCAAUAGAGCCACUUUUUUGUGUGGCUAUUUAGACAUGAGGAUAUUUCGAUUUGGCUUAAAAAUUAAGCUGAUAAGUGUUAGUUUUUCGGCCCAGGGAAUAUAGCCAAUGUUUUAUAAUAACUUUCAAUGGAGUAUAAUCUAUAAAAAUAUUGAAUCACUGUGUUUGUAUACCUGAAACUAAU